AGAGAUAGAAAAGAUGAAAGAGGAAGAGAGAAGAGGAGAGGGGAGAGAAAAAGGAGCGGGAGGAAGGGAGAAUCAUAAAGAAGUAUAAAAACCUAAAUUUCUUCAUAAAGUCGCCCCAGCCACCACAUUGAUAAUAAGAAACCUUACCUGCUUCCUUUCGCAUCACAACACCCGCUCUCCCCUGCCCUUAGCCGUGCCGUGGGACCCUCGAGGAGUGCCAGUAAGAACGCUGACAGGGAUUAUGGCUCAUGGUGGCCCUCAUCAUCAGCACGGUGUACCGCUCCAACCUCAAGGCUAUGCUCAUUCUGCCCAAGGUUAACUUACCUUUCACUACCGUCAGCGAAUUCCUGCAGACGGACAUUCCUCUACAUAUCAUUGAAGGAAGCCUGGCUGAUCACUAUACUAAGGACGCCGAACCGAACAGCCCCAUAGCUAGGCUGCGGGCGAAGGCGAUGGUUAACACCGACAUUGUCGAUGCGAUCAGGCAGGUCUACAUGGGAGAACUGACGGGCAUCUCUUCGUUCCUCGGCCAAACGAGACUCCUCCACGAUUCGUUCACGAAGAGCGGCUACUGCGGAGUGUACCAAUCAUUGGACGGGUUGUUGGGCGGCACAAGCAUUGCCUUAGGAUUUCCCAAAGGCUCCCCUCUCAGACCCAAAGUUGAUCGAAUGAUUCGAGGACUGAGAGAAUUCGGCAUCCUGAACCACCUCCUCUUCCUGCAAGUCCCCAAUGCUACCAACUGCCGUAUCGUCAGCAGGUCCUCGUCCGGCAACCUCUCCGAACUGCGGCCGCUUGAACUGAAGGAUUUUUAUGGGGUUUUCUCUCUCUAUGCUGGAGGUAUCGUACUAGCAAGCAUGACCUUUGCUGUGGAAGCCAUAGUGAAAAAGUAGGGCGAAAUGCUGAGCGCCAUCUACACCUCAAUCGGACCACUUCUGAACUGACCCUUGCUCUGCCGUAGGACUUGUUCACUAUAUGCAUAUUAAUAAUUGCUUAUGUACCCAAUUCUGUAGAUUUGCUGUAUUAUGUAUUUAACGAAGACUUACGGACUCUAAUAUCAAUUUUGGUAAUAAUGUAUAUCACGUACUUAAUGAUGAUCGACUACACAAUCACUCUUGUUACUUUUAAAAGUAAUAUUAUAACGAUUAUUUGGGUAUUUCCUUACAGUGUUUAUAUGUUCAUUGCUUGUCUGACUGCUUAUACUUAUAUAUUAUAUUCGUUGGCUUAUGCGAAAAAAAAUUCAUAACCCAAAACUAUGAACCAUUUUACGUAAUGAGCAAGACAACACUGGUAUACAUAUACAUACACAAACAUAUGCCGACGCAUUUACAUACACAAACAUUUUCUCUCAAGCACACCCAUACUUACAUACAAAUACAUACACAUAUAUACGCAUAUGCAUACACAUACCGAUUAUCUCUCACACGUUUGUGUGAACGUGUCAUGUACACCCUGCAAAUAUUUCAUUUAUUAACUUUCCUCAUGCCAAACCUUCUUUUAGUAGUGUGUAAUUCAGAUAUUGAUUACCCGUUUCCAAAACAUUUUACUUUAAACCAUCGAAAGUUAUUUUCUUGUGUAUGAAUUUCCUUUCUCACUGACCCAUACGAACUCCUGAUGUGUGCAUUGCACCCAAGGACCACUUGAUACUUGU